GUAAAACAGUUAUGUUUUCAUUUUACUUACAGUUUUCUAAACCUUUCUUCUUUGCCAAAAACCCUUAUAAAACCCUAGAGAAGAAGUCGCAGUUAGUUACUUGUUCUAUGGCGGUUCGGAGCUCCACUUCCAGGGAAGCACAAGUUUCAAAGAAUGCUUCGCAUGGCGAUUUCUUUUCAUUUCAAAUUUCGUAACCGGAGGGUACCAAAUUUAAGCUCCAGUAGGAAUAGGAUAAAUCCCUAAUUACUUGAAGCUGACGAGAUGUUGGAGAUUUGCAAUUUAAGAUCGAAGUGAUUAUGGAAAGAGUUUGUUUGGGGAGCUGUUGCGGGUGCUUUUGGGGAAGGAAUGAUGCAUCCAGUGGAUACCAUUAAAACUCGAUUACAAAGUCAAGCAAUUCUAAAUGGAAUUCAGAACCAGAAGAACAUAUUGCAGAUGGUCCAAUCUGUCUGGCAGGUUGAUGGAUUAAAAGGAUUUUACAGGGGUGUAGCACCUGGUAUUAUUGGAUCUCUUGCAACUGGUGCAACAUAUUUUGGAGUCAUAGAGUCCACAAAAAAGUGGAUUGAGGAUUCACAUCCUAGCCUUCGGGGCCACUGGGCACAUUUCAUUGCUGGAGCUGUUGGAGACACUCUAGGUUCUUUUGUAUAUGUUCCAUGUGAAGUGAUGAAGCAACGCAUGCAGGUUCAAGGAACAAUUACAUCUUGGAGUUCUGUUGCUGUGAAGGAUGGCGUUGCUAUCAACUCUGGCACACAAAUGUAUGGUUAUUAUACAGGGAUGUUCCAUGCAGGCUGCUCAAUAUGGAAAACACAGGGCUUAAAGGGUUUAUAUGCAGGAUAUUUGUCUACACUGGCAAGGGAUGUUCCAUUUGCUGGCCUAAUGGUCAUGUUCUAUGAAGCUUUGAAAGAUGCCAAAGAACAAGUAGAGCAAAGAUGGAUAUCUAGCCCAAAUUGGCACGUCAAUAAUUCAGUCGAGGGACUGGUUUUAGGAGGAUUAGCUGGUGGUCUCAGUGCAUAUCUUACCACUCCUUUGGAUGUCGUUAAAACAAGACUGCAAGUGCAGGGUUCAACUUUGAGGUAUACUGGUUGGUUGGAUGCAAUUGGCAAAAUAUGGGCUACAGAAGGCAUGAAAGGGAUGUUUAGGGGUAGCAUCCCCAGGAUUACAUGGUACAUUCCAGCUUCGGCACUUACAUUCAUGGCUGUGGAAUUUCUCAGGGGUCAUUUUAAGGAUAAGUCGCGAGAUGUUGGCAGAUUAUUAGUAGACAAGAAAUCUCUGCAGGGAGGUUGCUUAAAAGUUUCUGAUUGAAUCACACAUUACUUCCCAUCCGGAUUUCUGAGAAGAUAGGAGGUUGUAUCGUAUAAAUUUUUUGGACAUGCUAUUUUUCUAGUUAUAGCUAGAUCCCCGUUAUUGUGAAUAGAACACAUGCUACUGCAUAGAAAUCAUAUUCAAAGGCAAUGAUAAAAUUAUUCAAAUUUAUCUUGGUCAAUUUCUGAUCAUUCAUUUUGACUCAUCGAUAUUGGAAAUUUACUUCAGGUAGGCACAAGUAUUGUAUUUGGACAGAUUCACGUUUACAAGCUCUUUCCAUAUUCUUGUGCUAGCAAUUUUUUCCCUUAAGAUGGUGGUCCCUUGUUCACGAGAUGUAUCUUUGUUAAGUUUUAUACUCUGUUCGGAUUUGUGUUUGACAUAACAAAAUGCAUGUUUACAGGCUGAAAGGAUCAAUCAAGAUGUAUCUCUUUAACGUUGUCUACAUAAUUUUUAAUUCUAAUUCUUAUUGUUUCAUCAAUUAUUAUGUUAUAAUUGAUAUUUACAUGAA